AACAAAAUAUUGGGCAUGGCAGUCAAUGAAACAAGUUGCAAAUUGUUUUAAGAAAGGUUAUGAUUCUAGAAGAUAGGAAUUGCACCAGUAUGUUUAAUAACGACCGGCUGUUAUAACGUGUAGGUAGCUGAAUUAGAAAUAUUAUCAUUAACAGAGAAUUGUCGCAAAUACAAAAGCUAACGAGUUAGCUAGCUACAAACUGCAAGUCGUGCCUCAAGGAAGAGUAAGUUAUGUAACUAGGCUGCGAGCUAGCCAUAUAUCAAUGUGUAAAUUGAAGCAACCCAUACAUUGAGCUAGCUACGUAUUUAUUCUAUAAAUUAAAUUGUAGCGACUGUAAGUGUGCUUGCUUAUUGGCAACUACUGUAAGUUUUGGAAGCUUCACGUAUAAGUAAGAUACAGUAACAGCAGGUAAGAUAGUUAGCUUGCUGCAUAUUACCCUUACCUACGUGAAUUUUGGAUAAUCAGGUACAAACAACAAUGAUAACGUUACAACGGAUCAGAAUAGUGGCGUGUAGUCGGUGGUUGUGUACGUCUCACUGUAAACCGGUGGGACCUAAUAUAUCGGUUUCUGGAGAGUCGGGACAUGGUAGCUUAUCAUUCAGAAAUCUGAGCACCUCCACAGAGCGCCGCACAAUCAUGCCUGCCUGGGUUAUCGAUGGGUACGGUGGCAACGAAGUACUUAGAUUCACAAAAAAUGCAAGUUUCCCCAUCAUCCACUACCCGAACGAGGUCAUAGUCAAAGUCCAUGCUGCAGGUCUCAACCCCAUUGACAUCAGCAUGAGAGGUGGCUAUGGAGCCGCUACACUGGCAAUGAGGCGUGACCCCCUGAACAUCAAUCAGUCCGGAAGAGAGUUCCCAUUGGUCCUCGGCCGCGACGUGUCCGGGGUGAUCAUGGAGUGCGGGCUGGAUGUGGCUUAUUUCAAACCGGGAGAUGAGGUGUGGGCGGCUGUUCCUCCAUGGAAACAGGGCGGCCUGGCGGAGUUCGUGGUGUUGAGCGCAAACGAGGUGUCCCACAAGCCCAAAUCGCUGAGUCACCCCGAAGCGGCGGCCGUCCCGUAUGUGGCCUCCACGGCCUGGUCCGCCCUGGUCAACACUGGCGGCGUCUCCAAGGACAACUGCGCCAACAAACGCAUGCUGAUAAUUGGAGCCUCAGGUGGUGUGGGAACCUUUGCUAUCCAGAUGUUGAAAGCUUGGGGUGCCCAUGUGACUGUGACCUGCUCCCAGAAUGCCGAGGGGCUGGUGCGGGGGCUGGGGGCUGAUCAUGUGGUUGACUACACGGCGGGGGACGUGCCAGAGCAGCUGAAGUCUCUCGAAAAGUUUGAUUUGAUCCUGGAUAAUGUGGGCGGGGUCACGGAAAACUGGGCCCUGGACUUCCUGAAGCCCUGGGCUGGAGCCAAGUACGUUACCUUGGUAACCCCCUUCCUGUUUAACACGGACCGCCUGGGCGUGGCUGAUGGGAUGAUGCAGAAUGGGGUGACCAUCGCCAGAAAGACACUGAAGCACCUCUGUAAAGGGGUACACUACCGCUGGGGGUUCUUUGCUCCGAGUGGACCAACUCUGGAUGACAUCAGCGAAAUGGUUGACGCAGGACAGGUGCGCCCCGUCCUGGAGGAGCAGUUCCCCUUCUCCCAGGUACCCCAGGCCUUCCUGAAGCUGGAGAAGGGCCACGCCCGCGGGAAGACCGUGGUGAACGUCGUCACGGGCAGCGGGGACGCUCAGUAACCAUGGCAACAACUAAGGAACGGAGGGGGUUUCCUGAUGAACCAUUAAGGACCCCACCCGUAAAGAGAUUGGAGAUGUGUGUUAAAUAAAACCGAUGUACAGACCCCAGA